AUGUUGGCCCCAUUGGAAGAUCAACAUGCUCAUGUCGCCCACCUCAAGAGUAUUGCUAAAAAGUGGGCUGAGCAAGUGCGAUUGGGGCAUCUACACAAAUACGAUGUCAUUCCCCUUAUCAAGACCACAGUGAUGAAAUCCCUGGAAUAUCCUAUGGUGUUAACUACACUGGAUGCUGCGACAUGGGUGUCGAUCAUGAGUCCUGUUCUCCAAGUCUGCCUGCCGAAGGCCGGCAUAUGCAGGAGCUUCCCUCGCGACAUGGUUCUUGCCCCUCUCAAAUUCCAGGGUCUGGGCAUCCCCCAUCCGUUUGGUACUCAGGUGUCUAAACAUAUUGAGGUCCUGCUCCGCCACUUGUCCCACCGAACAAAAACUGGGGCGUAUAUGGAGGCUGCGGUUCAAGAACACCAACUUGAGACCGGAACCUCCUUCGGACUCUUCCAGCAGGACUAA